AGGUUUCGCCGGAUUCUUUGCAAAGUUGUGCCAAAAGUUGUAAGUGUUGUCUUUCCCAGGAAACAAAUAACUUUUCAACAAGCACGUACGGCAAUCUAAACUCCUUGUUUUGCUUGGCGAAUAUGAAGAUGACAUCUCAGAAGGUCAAAUUGCUUGUCUUCAAUUCUUUGGCCUGUUUGGUCGCAGUUGUAUCUUUCUGUACACGUAACGCAGGUGCAACCCGCUGUCUGUUCACGCAUAGGGAUCCUCAUUGUGAUGUUAUAGGCAAUCUGCCCCUACAACUGAACUGCAGCUACCCCGGGAAAUGGUUCACUAUCAAAAGUGUUAGCAAAAAGAACGACGCAGGAGAAUGGCAGGAAGUUCCUGCGGCGGUAGGCGUCAUUAAAUUUGUUUGCAAGACUACUCGAGUUCAAGGUUUUGGUUCCUAUUGUACUGUUCGCGGCAAAAUUCCAGGGAUAAAACCAGUCGAUGAAAUCAAGGUGGAAUAUUUCUGCUGGGAAAUUGAUCCUGAUUUGCUUGGAGGUUUCGGAAAGAGAUCACGGAGCCAGCUGAAGGCCAGAAUAUUACAUCGAACAAGGGGCGUCUAGAAACUAUGCCAAUAAAUCGUGCGAUUUGUCUACACGCUGACUACAAACUGAACAUAAUCAUCCUUGAUGUCUGAAUACUUGAUUCUUGGCUACUAUCUUAAAGAAAAAUACCAUGCAUCUCAUUAAUGAAAAAUAAAAGAAUAUAGCGGGGUUUUGAUUGUUUGGAUUUUAAAUUGUAUUUCAAUUGUAUUUAGUUGUCGAUGUAAUAAUCCUAUGCUGUUUGUGUUAUUGGUUUCUCGAUCGUUUGCUUUUGUCAAAACGAUUUAUUCAAGUAGGAAAUGCUUUGGAUAACAA